UCUCUCUCUGCCUGACAUAGCCUACUCAGAGAGAUAUGAUGCUAUUCUGUCCCGUAGUAGCUCGCGCGAUCCCGGUGCCUGCACGCGUCCGAGCCUUUUAACGUCGCAAUCUCGGUCGACCCCCCCCCCCAUCGCGACUGGUGGAAACUGGAAAAAAACGGACUCGGACACACACACGCAUGCACGCGCUCUAGUCGUUUCCACAUCAGGCCCCGGGGAGGGGAUUACAACUGGCGGUGACGCGGGCACAGCUGUCCCGGUGUUGUUUAUGUAAUAAAGCCGUGAUGAUGAUGGUGGUGGUGAUGAAGCGAACUGAUGGUAACUUUAAAAAUAUCCACCGUUUGUUUCGUUUUGAUGAUGGAGCGGCUGGUGAUUACAACGGAAUUUAACGGCGGGGAACUGGGAGGAGUGUAUAGCUCGAGCUCUACGGUCACAUGCACGUAAAAAAAGCACGCAACACAGCUCCGUGAGAAGAAAAAAAAAAAUCAGCACAUCGGAAAAAAAAUCGGUUUGGAAUUACGGUGCGUCUCGCAGCUCUUAACCUCUACCAGGGAGAGGGGUCGUCCCUGCGCGGACAGAGGGCAAACCGGAGAGAGAGAGAGAGAGAGAGACAACGGAUAACGGGCAUCUGUCGGUCUGAGGGGAUUCAGACAGCAAGGGGGAGCCUGUUCGCUACUCGUAGCCGCAUCGGAGCCACACCAAACCCCAAUACAUCUGCUGCUGUGACUCGCUGACUGACUGGAGGAUGAACGGGAGGGAUUAACGACGAGGGAGAGAGAGAGAGACAGAGAGAGGAAGAGGAUGGGUAAGGACCAGGACUUGCUCCAGGCUGUGAAGACCGAGGAUCUUCUGACGGCGCAGCGGCUUCUCCAGCGACCCAGGGCCGGGAAAACCAAGUUGCUGGGAACAGCGAAGAGGGUCAAUGUUAACUUCCAGGACGCAGACGGGUUGUCCCCUCUGCAUCAUGCUGCUCUGAGCAGCAACAAGGAGCUGAUCUCUCUGCUGCUGGAGGCCCAGGCCACAGUGGAUAUUAAGGACCAGAACGGGAUGCGUCCACUGCACUACGCGGCGUGGCAGGGGAAGACUGAGCCAAUGAAAAUGCUCCUGAAGGCGGGAUCAUCCGUCAACAGUCAAUCAGACGAGGGCCAGAUCCCCCUGCACCUAUCAGCACAGCACGGACAUUACGACGGGUCUGAGAUGCUGCUGCAGCACCAGUCUAACCCUUGUAUCUCCGACACAGCCGGUAAAACUCCUCUGGACCUGGCCUGUGAAUUUGGACGAGUGGCGGUCGUACAGCUGCUCCUCAGUAGUAACGUUUGCGCGGCGAUGAUCGAACCGAAGCCGUCGAAUCCAAACGGAGUCUCUCCUCUUCACCUGGCCGCCAAGAACGGACACAUCGACGUCAUACGUCUGCUGAUCCAAGCAGGUAUCGACAUUAACAGCCAGUCAGAGUCGGGGACGGCGCUGCACCAGGCAGCUCUCUGUGGAAAGACUGAGGUGGUGAGACUCCUGUUGGAUAGCGGUAUCGGCGCGGGGGUGAGGAACACUCUGUGUCAGACGGCUCUCGACAUCGUUAACCAGUUCACCGCCACGCAGGCCAGCCGAGAGAUCAAACAGCUGCUGAGAGAUGCGUCAGCGGCGAUGCAGGUCAGAGCACUGGCAGAUUACUGCAACAACUACGACCUGACCAGCCUCAACAUCAAGACUGGAGACGUCAUCACGGUUCUGGAGCAGCAUUCUGACGGCCGGUGGAAGGGUUGCAUCCAUGACAACCGGACAGGAAAUGACCGCGUCGGCUACUUCCCCUCCAGCAUGGUGGAGGUGAUCAGCAAGAGGCCAGGUUCUCGGGGCUCUGAGUCCAGUCCCCACGGGUCUCCCACACUCGGCCAGCAGGGCGGCGCCAGCGAGGAUGUCUGGGUUCUCCGGAAGCCCCUCGCAGGUGGUGACCGUAGCAGCAGUGUGGGUAGUCUGGGUAGCGUUCGUCCCCUCGGCAGCGUCCAGAGUUCUGUAAAUACUCAACACGCCUCGAACACGGCUCCUCCGCCCGCCACAGCACACGCUACCAACACGCCACCUGGCAGCCUGAACACGCACGGCCUCAACGCUCCAGGGCUGCACGCGCAGGCUGAGGGAGUCAAGGUGGGGGAAGGGCAGGCUGAGGGAGUCAAGCUCCUCGCCACUGUGAUGUCCCAGUCAAUAAAGGCAAAGGAACAUCUCUUGGAGCAGUCAGCAGCUGCAGCUAAGAGUCCAUCUUGUUGUCCCCCUCAAGAGCAACGCUCCUUUGAUCGUAAGGCAGAGGCAGACGUGAAGAGUGAGGCAGUAGUAACCUGGUUGACCGAGUGUCAGCUGCAGUUCUACACCGCUCACCUCCUCACCGCCGGCUACGACCUAGACACCAUAGGUCACAUGACCCCCGAGGACCUGACAGCAAUCGGUGUCACUAAACCAGGCCAUCGGAAGAAGAUCGCAUCGGAGAUCAGCAAACUGCCGUGCGGUGAUUGGCUGCCUGACCACAAACCUGCCAGCCUGGCAGAGUGGUUGUCAGCGAUCGGGCUGAACCAGUACUACCAGGUUCUGGUGCAGAACGGAUACGACAACAUCGACUUCAUCACUGAGAUCAGCUGGGAGGACCUGAAGGAGAUCGGCAUCACCAAGCUGGGUCACCAGAAGAAGAUAAUGUUAGCAGUGAGGAGGCUGGGAAAGCUCCAGAGAGGAGAGAGUAUCUCUCAGCCUUCGACCCCUCCGUCGUCCUCCUCCACUCCUCCUCCUCCUUCCUCUACGCCGCUUCCCUCCACUGGGAGGGGUCAGAGGCCCCCCCUCACUAAACCCCGGCCAGGGAUUGACUCCCCACCCCACACUCCCACCAAGACCCCCGCCUCCUCCCACAAUGCUCUAGCCCAGCCCUUCACCCAGCCCCCGCCAGCUGAUUCGCCAGUCCAAGAAGCGUGUGCGUCUGUCCCUUUUCUCUGUCUGCCAACGGAGGAGGAAGAGGAGGAGCGUCGGCGAACUCAUAGCCUGAUUGGUUACUCGGGGUCCGAAGCCGACGCCCUCUCGUUUCCAGGACGCGCCCCUAGAUUCGCCACGGUGUGCCGCAGCAGCUCUGCUCAACGCGCCGACACCGACGACGCGACUGUCAACCGCAGCCAAUCGUCGGUGACGCUGCGUCCCAGGAGGAAAGGACGGCCCCCGACUCCGCCCAAACGGUCGUGUUCCUCCAUCUCCGGGGGCGACGGGCUGCUCGGGGAGGGCCUCGGGGUAGUUGGGUUCAGGGAGAGGAGAGCCAGCGACUGCGGGGGUCUGGCGGAGAGGAGGGGCGACGGGGGGCUGGCGAGGUCAGAGGGAUCUGGGGGCAGCGUCCGGAGUAUCGCCGCCAUGUUGGAGACAUCGAUGGGAGGAGUUGGUCCUGGAGGAGGAGGAGGAGGGGCUAAAACCCUGCCCAGAACCAUUGGAGGAAGAGGAAGCUACCUCAACCCUACACAGGUCAGUCCGGCGGCGUUGCGUCGCCAGGCCGGGUCAGGUGGUCUGGGGUCUGAUGAUGACGUCAUGAAUCGCCGUCGGACCAUCAGCGGUCCGCUCACCGACCAGACAGACUCCGCCCAGAUCCCGUCCCCGCGGCAACACACUGAGCUACGCCCAGAACCACGCCCACGCUCCACGGUCGUCACGCCGACAGGAGAAGGACUUAUUACGGAUGGAACAGCGACAAUCAACCGAAGGAGAAAGCCCCACCCCCCAGAGAAGUUCCUUCUGACCGAGACAGACACCAUUCGGCGACGCCCACGCAGCCGCGAGCACAGCAACAACCAAUCAGACGACGGCACAACCAGCAGCAGCCAACCAGAGAUUAGCACAACCGGCGUCGACCAACCAGCGAGCGCAAAACCUGGCAGCGGCCAAACAGACGGCAGCAGGAAGAGCAUUGACCAACUCGAGAGCGGCGUCGACCAAUCCCAUCGCAGCCAGUUGGUCCCCCAGCAGGUGAACGGAGGAGUCGACCAAUCACACCGCGUCGUCCUGCGGAGGAGGCGGACCGGGUCGGAGGCAGAGGGGGAGGUGGCCUCUCGCAGGGAGAGCUGUGAUAGGCCAGAAGUCAGGAAACCGCUGAAGCCUCCGGUGUCGCCCAAACCCUCGAUGGCGUCAGUGAGGAGACAGCAGCAGGACCCUCCCACACCGACCAGACGGGUCCCUUUACCUGGACCUGAAGCGGACUGUCCUGCAGAUCCAAGAUGGACGCCUCCCCAAGUCUCCUUCAAACCCUGUCCUCCUCCCACUGGUCCUAAACCCACCUCCUCCUCUCUCUCCUCCCCUACCCCUCUCCCUAGACCUCUCCCUGUCCCAGACAUCCUCACCCCUCCCUCCUUGUCCCCUGGUCUCCCUUACACCACCUCCUCCUCUCUCUCCUCCCCUACCCCUCUCCCUAGACCUCUCCCUGUCCCAGACACCCUCACCCCUCCUUCCUUGUCUCCUGGCCUCCCUUACACCACCUCCUCCUCUUCUCCCGCCACCAGCCCCUCCACGCCCCAGACCCCCUCCACACCCGGGUCCACUCCUCACCCCGUCAAACCUCCCCGCUCCUCCAUCGCUGGCCUCUCUGUCGACCUGCUGGUUGGGAGGGAGGGGGAGGAGAGGGAGGAGAAGGUGGAAGAAAGACUAAAAGAUGAUCGGAGAGAAGUUGAGAAGGUGGAGGAGGAGAGGAGGAGAGAGAAGGUGGAGGAGGUGCAGGAGGAGAGGAGGAGAGAGAAGGAGGAGGUGCAGGAGGAGAGAAGAAGAAAUGAGAGAAGGAGGAGAGAGAAGGAGGAGGUGCAGGAGGAGAGGAGAGUUGAGAGGAGGAGAGAGAAGGUGGAGGAGGUGCAGGAGGAGGCGAUGGAGGAGAAGCAGACCAAGGAGGAGGCUCCAGCCGAAGUAGGGGAGGUGAACGAGGAGGAGGAGGUGAACAAGGAGGAGGAAGAGGAGGUGCAUCAUCAGAGGUUGGAGGAGACCAGCGCCUCUCUGGCUGCAGCUCUGGAAGCUGUGGAGCAGAAGAUUAACCAGGAUCACACAGACAACCAUUCUCUACUGGAGGAGAAGACGACAGUCAACAUUCUAGAUGACAUCGGCAGCAUGUUCGACGACCUGGCGGACCAGCUGGACGCCAUGUUGGAUUAGAGCUCCCUGGCGUCGCCACGACAACCAGCCAACCAAGAGCUGACCGCUUUACGCCAGCUAUCCCAGGGUGCCAUGCGGCUCCUGUGUAGAAUAGCCAAUGAUAGAAGUGUUCCCGUGUGUUCAUAUUCCUGACGUAGUGCCGCUACUAUAGAGCUCGGGUUGCACUGCACUGCACAGGAGGGAAUGGGGACGUUACCGUGGGGACGUUACCGUGGGGACGUUACCGUGGGGACGUUACCGUGGGGACGUUACCGUGGGGACGGGGUGGUAGAUGUUCCUGAGGCAGGAAGUUGUAGAUGUUUGUAUUCUCCCCUCCCCCUUCUCAUUGGUCAAGAAGUAUUAUGAAAGCACACAGACAGACAGACAGACAGACAGACAGACAGACAGACAGACAGACAGACAGACAGACAGACAGACAGACAGACAGACAGACAG